CUUCCUUCAGAUGCCGUAGAAGGACCAUUCUUUGUUGAUUGAAUUGUAUCGCCAGAUUUGUUAAUGUAAGUAGAUAUUGAGGAUGUAGAUGGUACUUGGUUAUGCUGUUUGCGCUCUUUCUUUCUCCUCUUUCGCUCUUGACGUAGUUCAUCUUGCAUAGCUGCUGUACGUAUAGGACGAUCUGGUAGUGCAGACGUACUGGGAAGAGAUAUCUUUGGUGUACUCUGAGUAGGCGUUGCUGUUGCGCGUUGCUUUUCCGGUGUACCAAACCAAUCAGACAUCGUAGUUGAACUUAGAGAUAGACGAUCACUAUCAAAUGAAUAAGCGUAAAAUAGAAGAUGCACUCACUAGAUUAGAUAAAGCGUUCCAAUCAGAGGAUUCUGUGAAAGCUGAGAGUUCUAAGCGGACGAAGAAGCCAAAGAUACCCGCAGAGCUGGAAGAGAGACUGCGGUGGUUUACUAUGACCCAUAAUCUACAAUCAAGGAGGUCAAAAUCAACUGAUCUUCUGAAGAAGAAAGAGCAAUCUGAUUUAUUCAGCUUUCAUAAUUUCAUAUUACGAUUACAAUCAUUUUCUCUUAGAACGUACACUUCAAAACCCAUUGAACUAUCACCACCAGCGGUUGCAUUAAGAGGCUGGCAGCACGAUGAAGCACACAGGAAUAGGAUACUGUGUUCCAGGUGUAAAGUGGGUUUUAUCGUAGAUCUUUCUGGUAGUCAAGCGAACUCCUAUCAAAAACUCAUCGAUACAUACGUGGAAGCAAUAGAAUCUAAACACACUUCUCAUUGUCCUUGGAAAUACCAGCAAUGCGCAUCUUCAACCUAUAGGAUACAUGAACUAUCACUACCACCAAAUCUGGCUGCAAAUGUAAUAGCAGAAAGAGCUCGUAAAAUAGAUUCCAACUUGAAUUUCAGUAUUAGAGUCAAGCAUCCACUAUCAAAUGAACAAGUUCAAUCGCUUUUCAAUGCUAUGCCAGAACCAAAACCUAGUGAAGACGCCACUAUACUGGCUAUCUAUGGCUGGGAGUAUAAAUCGACAAUAUCUAGUUCAAGCUACUUGCUAACAUCCGAAUUAGACGUAGCUAACGUAUCUGUGAAACCGGAAAAGGUUUUUGACGUCGUUCGGGAGCACAGAUUCUAUGCGCCGCAACUCAUGCCAGCAAAUGAAGGCAGUAAAAAUACGGGGGUAGAGGCUCUACUAGCUUUGAUAACUCGAAGGGGCCGCAAGAAAGAAAUUCAAGAGUCUAUGAUAGUAAAUUCAGUAUCUGUGGGUAGCAAUACAGCUACAGUUUCAUUACUAAUUUAGAGUAGCGAAAAGAGAUGCUUGAGAACGUGAAGGGUCUGUUGAACGGACAUAAAAGCUGAAACACAAAAAGUUGCUUAUGUCAAUUCACUUAAAA